AGAAGAGGCUAUGUUCAAUGUGUUCGUUGCGGAAAUGAUUCGCAACAUCUGCGCUGGGACCCUUUUACCCCGUUUAUUGGCCUUGAAUGUUGGGGAACCGGGGUGUGUUUCGUUCGUGCUUCAAUGAGCUUGGUGUUCGAUGAAUUUCCGUCCCAAGCGCGACAUCCCUUUUGUCGAAAAUGUCCAUGUUAUUCAAUCCCUGGGUGUUUCCUCACCCAUUUUUACAAAUUCCCAUUGCCUCCCUCAUUUCGGGCCAUAGUUCGCCCGCAGAGCAAGAAACAGAAGGGGCUAUCGAUCUUAGUAAGAAAACGAAUCUCAGGGAUGACUCUUCAUGGUGCCCAGCUUCGCCGCGCACGAGUGAUGAUGAUGCAUUUAGCAGUUCUUCAGGUUCCAAGGGAUAUUCGAAGGAGGACAGUCAAGCAUGCAGAGAUGAAAAACGAGCAUUGCAGCUAGGAAUUCCGAUUCCUGUGCAGGAAAUAAUCAACUUACCGAUGGAUGAAUUCAACGAACGGCUGUCUAAACAAGAUCUGACGGAAGCUCAGCUGUCGCUGAUUAGGGACAUCCGGCGUCGCGGGAAAAACAAGCAACUCCGAGAUAAGGAUGGAAAUCGUUUGAGUCCGUACAAGUAUGGCUUGGAGCACACUGGAAAGGACGGGAAAGUAGUGAUGGUUCCGCUGAGCAGCUCAACAUCGGUGCAGUUAGUAAAAGAUGAGGACGGGCAUCCUGUUGGUUCUCCCCAUGCCUUGCGUCAUCAGGAAGCCUAUGAACAGACAUAUGUCAUGGUUCCUGGUAGUGGUUACCACUCAAACCUGGUCUUGUCUUACAGGGAACCAGAUUCAUACUGCAAGCGUGAAGAUAAUUUGAGGGGUCUGCAUGGAUGAUGUCAAGUCUUUGCUCGGGAAUCCCGCGGGGCUUGUUAAGUUAUUGUUUUUAUUUCUUUUUUGUCGCUACCCAGUUCUAAGUCUAUAUUCCCAGAACGUAAUAUUUCACUGCUCACAAAUAUUCCCGAGUGCAGAGUUUUCUAGCGUAAGUUUAAAAGAGUUCGUCCUUGUGGAUCAUGUAGGACAAUCGAAACAUUUUUCCUUCAAGUGCUCAAAUUGAUUAUGGUCUGGGAAUUCACUCAUGUUCUGAAUCGGUGCCGGCAAAUCCAGUUGUUCCAUUCCCAGUGAGGUGGAGUUGACCUAGCGUCAGAUCCGUGAAAUCCUUUUGCAAGUCGGUGAUAAACGGCGCCUGCAGACUUUUUGGAAGGCGUGCAAGCUUUUUUCAUCGGAUCAAGCGGGUAAAAUGUGUCUUUUUUUUUUUCUUUUUGUUGCUUAUGGUGAAGCAUUAUGGAUCUAUUUGAUGGGAUUUGCAAUCAAAGAAUGUGUUGGUCAGCUGCGUGCUCAAACCCUCUCAUGUUUCUGAACGCAUAUGGUCCAUGAUUAGCAGGAUAACUGCUGUGUAUGCUUCUCUGUUCGUGCAGAUUUGAUUGAAUUACCUCUUUAAAAAAAAAAAGAAGAAACAUAAUUCCAGACAAAGCGAAGGUUUAAAUCAAAGUUAUGGUUGUGUAGUUUUUGCUAACGGUGUACAGCCAGAUCUGUGAUUUUUGCUCAGAAUUUUUGAAGAAAAGGCUCGGGAAGCAAAUGCCGAACGUGGUACUCUCAAGACUUGCGUGAAGCGAAUAUUUUAAGAAAAAGUUUGACCGCCAUGAUUUCAGCACAAAAAAGCAUUGAGCCUUUCAGUUGCUGUAUUGGUGUGUACGGAUUCAUUUGUCUUAUUUUGAUGACAAGAAUGUUCUUGUGAGAGGCUCGGGAAAUCCUGAUCAUUGAAUUCUGGGACUGUUCACGAAAGUUUUUUUGUUUUUAGAAAAAUGUUCACUCUCGAAUAUACGUCCCAAGUUUCUGGAAAGACAUCCUUUGAAUCAUUCGGUUUGACAUUGAUUGAUUGACUAAUUUUCAUAUGAGGUAGUGUUUCAGGUGUGGAAUGCUGCCUUGCAUUCUGUGACGGAUUUCUGUCGUAUUCUGAAAUAAUCUUAUCCGUGUUACAUUCCCUUGAGCUUGACUCGGGACUGAGAUUUUGGGUACUCAACUCUCACAUGUCUCAAUUUAGGUAC